GGAGCGGAGCGCGGGGAGGGCGCGGGGCCGCGUGCCAAUGGCUGCGCUGCCCCCUCCUCUGCCCCCACCUCACCGCCCGCUCUCCUCCUCCCCGCCGCUCACUCCGCGUCGCCAGCGCCCAGGCGGAGGUUCCGCGAGGAGGCGGCGGCGGAGGCUCCGCGGAAGCGCUGCCCUCCGCCCGGCCCCGGCCCCGCGCUGGCACCCGCGGCUCUCCGGCAGCGCGGAGCGGGGGAUGCUGGAAUGCCCGGACGGUGGGGCCAAGGCGGCCCCCGUCCAGCAGCAUAAGAUCUCCUUCUCCAUCCUAGACAUCCUGGAUCCUCAGAAAUUCACCCGGAGAAGCGAAGCGGCCGCGGGGAGCGGGGGCAGCACCUGCCGCUCGGGAGAGCAGAAAAGUUUGGCGAGAGUUGAAGUAGGAAAAGGCGCUGCUCAGCACGAGAGCGGGAGGAAUAAACUAGAGGCGGAUGAUGCACGCACCCCGGCGGAGAGCGGCGCGGAGGCAGCGGUCGAGGAGGGGCAGCCAGCGGCCGGCGCCGGCUCCGCUUCGUGCUCCGCAGACCCGGGGCCGGAGGAGCCGGGCUCGCCGCGAGGCGGCCGGAGGCGUCGGGCCGAGGCGAGCUGCGCCAAACCGCGGCGAGCGCGGACGGCUUUCACCUACGAGCAGCUGGUGGCUUUGGAGAACAAAUUCCGCGCUACCCGGUACCUGUCGGUGUGCGAACGCCUCAACCUGGCGCUCUCCCUCAGUCUCACCGAGACGCAGGUGAAGAUCUGGUUCCAGAACCGCCGCACCAAGUGGAAGAAGCAGCAUCCCGGAGCCGACGGAGCGGCCGCCCCCGCGCCCCCCGCUGCCGCCCGCUGCUCCCCCAGCCCGCCGCGCCCCGCAGCGCUGCCCGGGCAGACUUUCCCCUCGUACGCCGCCACCAGCGCUCUCUUCCCGGCCGCCUCUCCCUUCCCCCUGGGCGGCCCCGGCGGCGGACCCUUCGCUCCCUUCUUGGGGCCCGCGUACCUCGGGCCCUUCUACGCCCCGCACCUCUGAGAACCCACCCCGGCUCUGUCCCAGCGCUCCGGGGGUGAGGAAUCGGGUUUUUCUUCUCCGGCUCGCUUCGACAAAGAGAAAAAAUACCUACAUGCUGUAACCACUGGAUUUUAUUAGCACGUUUGAUAUGUAAUUAUAGGCGUUGGAGAUGGAGAGAAUAACCCUCUUUACACAUGCCUGACGCUAAUUCUUCUCCAAGUUCCUCUUUCGAACGUUCCUUGUCGCCGUCUGGCUUGCCAGCACACGCCUCACACCCGGGGAGCUCAGAGCUGCGACACUUUGUUCCCACUGCUGCUGUCCCGGUGCCGCUGACCACACACGGCCCGUCCGAUUUCCAGGGAUGCUCACACACAGAGACGUCCACGACUUUUGCUGCUGCUCCGGGACCUGGUGCACGACCCACAUUUGUAUCAGACUUCAGAUCCCAAACCUGCAAGCCUUGUGCUUGGUGACCUGCUAAGUUUUCCCUUCUGUCUGAGGCAUAGGGACUGCAGCUCCGUGCCAUCAGGCGAUGUGCGCAGAGUCCACUCGGGCAGUGGGAAAGUAUUUGAUUGCUGCUAAUAUGCAUCGCCCCUCUGCCUUGCAUUUCACUUCAUCCCCAUUGACUUCAAAGGUUUUAGAUGAGACGUCCGGAGAUCAUUCCCUUUGCAGAGAGCCGUUGUUCUUGGAACAACAGCGGUGGUGCCAAAUGAGGCAGAAAUGAAAACGUAAAUGAGAGAAAAUGAUUGCAGUAUUCAUCUCUUUAAAAAUGGGGCAUUUGUGGUAGAAAAUAAGGAAAACACAGGAUUUCCCGCAUGCAGAGACCUAUCUUCUGUAACAGAGAAACACAUGCGUUUUGGUGGGGUUUUGUUUUGCCUUUUGGAGCAUUUCUUAGAAGGGGAAAUCAUAUUUCAUCUUCAUUGUUACAAGCAUCGGAAUGAAAAGGGACUGUAGCUGGGGGCUGCUCCUUCCCUCAAUGCUGGGAAGUCAUUGGUUUAAAAUAAAUCCGCCUCAUGCGGCUUGACAAAUUAUUCCAACCCAUGUGCACCCCCUCGGUCACAUCACGAUGCUUUCAAGUAACGCGUUGGCUCUCCAACCAAAAAUCUGAGCUCAUAAAUCCUAUCUAUCUCUUGUGUUUGUCUGAAUAAAAAGGUUGUGCUGGUUUUGGGUUUUUUUUUCCCCCCCUUAAGUUACCCUGUGUUUAAUUGUUUCUAAUUGUGUUCCGGCAGAGUGGUGUUUGCAUUCCUCCGUGGGAUUUUUGGGUUCCUUGAGCCAAGGUGCCCUGCAAGGCUCAGUGCAUGCGGGCUGAGGUCCUGCCGUCACCUUCCCACGCCCAGGAGGAGGCAGUCAGUGUCUUCCCAAUUACGUGGAGUGCAGUUAACAAAGCACAGGGUUUGCCUCAGGUCAUGAUUUUGGAAGUCAUAGCUCCGGUAUAUGAGUAUAUUUACUUGUCGGUUAAUUACAGUAAUGCUUUCACUCUGAUUGGAUAUGAAUUAUAGUUGCAGCAGCUCAUCCCAUCCGUGCUCCUGACUGGGAGAAACCAGACUGAAAUCCUCCUGGCCUCCUGGCAGCCUGCUCCCUGCGGCUCACAUUGCUGUGUGUGCAGGCAGCGCUCCGGGUUUCCUUUGGCUGUCACUGAGAUGCUCCCAGAGCACGGGCCCAUUGCUCACCUGCACUGCUCUGAGGUCUUGGGGGGAAGGUCUUCUGCCCUGACACCAGUGAUAUGGUCAGCUCUCCUCCUUAAUGAGUGUAAAUUGUAGAAAAAAAACAGAGAAUGUUACAAAUUAAAAAAUGCAGCAGUAUAACUUGAUAUGCAGUCUUGAUGUUUGGAAGCCUUUUGAAGGCUUUUGUCUUUAGCUUUAUGAGAAAUCUGAACACUUGAUUCCUGUGCAAGAAAAGCCAGCCUUCCCCCCCCGACCCCAUUUAGUCAUAUCUAUUGCUCCGGGUUGAUGAAAAAGUUUUACAAUUAAUUUCAGAGAACACAUCACAGUUCCUAUGGUGUAUCACUUGCACCCUUGCCUUGGAAGAGUGGUGCAUGGCAAUGGCACCGCACACCUCACAGCACCAGCCCCAGGCCACCACAACUCCUGGCUCAGCUCUGGCCAAGCACUCACGCUGACGUGUCCCUCCUCUUGUCCCAUGUCCCUUGGCUGGUGACCCCUUUGGCUUCUCUUUGUGACUGGCCACUACUGCGGCUGUGAUUCAAACCUCAGCCCUGGAAACAGCAAUUGCUGCUGAGCUCCACGCUGCCCAGAUUGCGCUAUUCACACCAGUAACACUUUUAGAAGUGCCCCACUGAGUAUCCAUUAUCUCUAGCAGUUCUGAAUACAGAGUUGUGCAAUAUUAUCAACCGUAGACAAAAAUUGACUUUACUCACAGCUGAAUAUAGAUGUUAAAAGGAAUCA